AUGUCUAAAGAGACUUGCACCUGGCCCUCUAUUCGGAUGUCUAAAGAUAUGCAGAACUUCAACGCAGAAGGCGCAGGUGAAAUUAUGUUCAACAAGGUCGUGAACAGGGUUCCCAAUCUAGGAAUGACAUGGAACAAAGACGUGAACAAAGAAUUACCAACCACCCUGUUCAAGGAUGCUAGCCAAACCCCGAAGACUUCCAAGAACCACAAUCUGCCUCCUCGAACACCAAUAUCGAGCCUCGUCGGAGUUCUUGAAAUCACAGCUUUAGCCCCAGCUGCCUAUACUGCAACAGAUAAUCAUCCAUGUGCCACUCAGUCAAUCCUCGUACACUGGGGCGAGGGAUACCGUCCGUUGCUUCCUGAGCAAAAAUCUUGCCCAAGCGUCUAA